AAAAACUAUCUCUCUCUUGAAUAUUUCGAUACAGUGAACUAAAUGUUUUUUUGUAUCAGUUAUUUCGAUAGAGUUUGCGAGAGAAGGAGAUGGAAGGAGAUGGCAAACGAGACAAAGCGGAUUCACCCACCAAUUCGCAACAAACAGUUUCUGAUGACGACGAAAUAGACUACACAACCAAACCAGAGUUUUAUGAUCCAGAGCUUGAUAAUAAGGAUGAGCGGUGGAUUGAUAAAAAAAGACAUGGAUGUGACUCUGAUGCUGUGCUUAGUUGCCCUGCUUGCUUCACCACCCUUUGCCUAGAAUGUCAAAGGCAUGAAAAAUAUUUGACCCAGUAUAGGGCUAUAUUUGUUGUAAACUGCAAAAUUGGAAAUGACAAGGUUUUGAGGCAAAAUAAUUCAAGAUCAAGAAAAAGAAAUAGAGGGACAGAAGGAUUUGAUGGAGAUGAUGCACGUUCAACCGAUAUCGAAACAUUCAAGCAAGUUUGUUGUUCUGUUUGCUCAACAGAGGUCGGUGUCAUUGACCAAGAUGAGGUUUAUCAUUUCUACAAUGUUCUCCCGAGUGAAUCUUAAACUGAUCCAGAUGUAUCUGCUAAGUAGUGGUUAAACAAUGUUUUGUCUGAGUGUCACUUGCUUGCAAAAUUCCAAUUUAAAACUAGUUGAUCUCAGUAUCUUAUGUUUAAGAUCCAUGAAGAUAAAAUUCCUCCACUUCCAAUAUUUCUCCCCCAUAAGCAAUAGGUAAAGAGGAAAAACUAUCUAUGGGGAUAAAACCGUGGACAUGGAGGUAUUACUUAAAAGAACAAAAUUAACAUCUUUGGAGUUGGGGAUAUCCUGUUUGACAUAUGCCUCCUCUCGUAUCAGUCGCUUGUUUUUCGAUACCUUGUCAAAUUCUGUUUAUUUUUUGUACUAUUUUUUUUUUGUGCUCAUUUUUAUUGUUACGGAUGAUCCAAAUGAUGCAGAAACAUGGAAUACUGUUUCAUGAGCUUUGAAUAGGUUAUUUA